AUGUCCUUGCUUCGGUUUGUUCCAGAAUAUACGCAGCCUACAAAAGAGGCGAUACAGAAAUUCCUCGAUGUACUCCACGGCAUUGAUCGUUUCGUUGUUUUAACAGGAGCUGGAAUUUCCACUGAAUCAGGUAUACCAGAUUACCGUUCAGCCAAAGUAGGUCAGUAUGCAAGAUCAAAACAUCGCCCUAUAGACCAUCACGAUUUCAUGCGUUCCGAGAAGUGGCGUAAGAGAUACUGGGCCAGGAAUUAUGUGGGAUGGCCAGCUUUUUCCAGUUCUAAACCAAAUACCAAUCAUUAUAAAAUCGCUUCCUGGGAAGGAUCUGACAAAGUGUUCUGGUCAAUGUAUCAGAAUUAUAUUUCAUUUGUUUGGCUUAUAACGCAAAAUGUUGACAGUCUACACACUCAGGCCGGUUCUAAAAUGCUUACAGAGCUUCAUGGUUGUGGGCAUAGAGUACGUUGCAUGAAUUGUGACCGAAUCUAUCCUCGAGACGAGGUGCAGAAGUGGUUAACAGAUGCCAAUCCGGAUUGGGUGGUUUCUAAUGUUGGGGAAGUUGCUCCUGACGGAGACAUUGAAAUUUCAAAUGAAGCUAUUGAUUCAUUUAAGCUUCCGGACUGCCCUCAUUGUGGUUCUGGAUCUAUUUUGAAAACAGACGUUGUUUUCUUUGGUGAUUGCAUACCGCGGAAUGACGUUGACCUUUGCUAUGAGAAAGUCAAUGAGUGUGAUGGGUUGUUAGUUCUUGGAUCAUCGCUUACUGUUUUGUCUGGUUACCGUUUUGUCUACCAAGCGGCUCUUCGGAAGAUACCAAUCUUGAUUGUGAACAUUGGACCGACACGAGGAGAUGAUCUGGCGACAGUUACACUACAUAUGUAG